UGAUAAUUCCAGCGAUACGGGUUGUGAUUCAUACUUUGAGCCUCGAUUUUAUAGAUGCUUCCUCUCUGUUUAUUAGUCGCAGUAGUGAUUUCAGCUGGGUCAUCACACAGUGAUGAAAAUCUACGUACAGACGAAAACUCCGAAAGAAAGAUCGACAGUGCAGCUGCAGAAGCCUUUCUGAGAGCACGUGUGAUGGACCGAAAAUAUCUUCAUAGCUUUGGACAAACAAACGGGUUUCCCGUAAGAAAAGUCGAGAACUUCCAUGAUACCCUUCCCGAAAAUUUUGACGCGAGAGAAAAAUGGCCUGAAUGUCCCUCAAUUGGAUAUAUUCGUGAUCAGUCUAACUGUGUAUCUGCAUGGGCAAUGGUAUCAGCCGGCGUAAUUGGAGAUCGAGCUUGCAUACAAUCGAAGGGCAGGAUAAAGAAGCACAUCUCUGACACAGAUAUACUUGCAUGCUGUCAAAAGGAUUAUUGCUCCGGUUGCGAAGGAGGUUAUCCAGCUGCAGCAUUCGAAUAUGCAGUAGAAUCCGGCGUUUGCAGUGGAGAGCAUUACAGAGAAAAGAAUGUCUGCAAACCGUACUCAUAUCAUCCUUGCGGUUAUUUACGGGGUAAGCCCUAUUAUGGAGAAUGUCCGCAAGAAACGUAUCCUACUCCGAGAUGCCGAAGAAAGUGCCAAAUUGGGUACAAUGUUACUUAUGAGGCAGACAAAAUCCAUGGAAAAUCAGUCUAUUACCUUCCGAACAAUGAGACGGAGAUUAGAAGAGAGAUAAUGACAAAUGGGCCUGUUGCAGCAGUCUUCAUUGUAUACAUGGAUUUGUGGGAGUACGAUAAAGGAGUUUAUGAGCACAAGACUGGUAUGGAAGUCGGCGAACACGUUGUUAAAAUUAUUGGGUGGGGAACAGAUGAAAAAGAAAAAGUACCGUACUGGUUAGUGGCUAAUUCUUGGAAUGAUGUGUGGGGAGAAAAAGGUUUCUUCCGCAUAAUUCGUGGGCAUAAUCACUGUGAAAUUGAGAGUGAAAUUGCUGCGGUCAUAUUGGAUGUGUAGCAAUACGAGUAAAUUUUCUUAUAUUGUAUUCGUUGCUGAAUUGCUACUUUCAAUGAAGUUUUCAAGAU